AGACUUGGUCUUUCUGCAAUGCCCAUGUUGUUAAAAAGUGAAAUGUUUAUACAGCUAGCGGGUUCGGAUAAUGCUCUCAAUAUGUUUGAUAAUGCCGCGUAUGACAGGAAAGCUGUAGCCAUUGUUUCAUUCUUCUUAUUUUUGUUUUGCGUUAAUGAUCUCCAGGUUGUUCAGUCCUUCAGUAGUGAAGUCUGCAUUGGGUACCACUGCUUUUUGUCUUGGAAGGUUAACAAGAAAGCAACCAUGGAUGUUGAUUCACAACCAACAAUGGAGGAAACCAUUUUGGUGGGAGAUGAUCUAAUGACGGGCCCGCCAUCACCAAUAAUUCCACCAGAAAUUGCUUCUUAUGUGCUUGAAGGUGUUGAUUUGUGUGAUGGGAUAUUGAAGAAUCUAUUUCUAUGUCUGCAAAUCAAUGAUAUUGAGCCAUUUUGUCAGGAUGAGCUUGUUAUGUAUAAGCAGUGUGCUGAAAGAAGAGAUCGGGAACUGAGGAAACGACUUCUAGACAGUGAGCAGAAGCUGGGGUUGUCGAUGCCUUUAAAUGAUGCAAAAGAAAGAGCUACCCAGCUUGAAAAAGAGGUCACAUCAUUAGAUAGACGGUUCAUUCUUGCUAGCGGACUUGAAGGCAUAGAAGGAUUUCGCCAGAGAUGGAGUUUGCAUGGUUGCCUUACAGACACCAAGAAAAGGUUGGAGUCCUUGAAGCAGGGAAUGGAGAACAGGAAAGGUGAGUAAGAACUAAGAAGACUAUGUCUUUAUGAAUCCAAUUUCCUUCAACGAAUACUUGAAGGAUGCAUAUGUAGUUUUGGUAAAAUAUACCUCAAUUAUGCUCGGUGACUUAUAUUUAACGUAGUCAUGAUAAUUAUUGAAAUUUUAUUUGUUUUGGAUGACAUUCUUGGUACUGCCCUGCGCAUGAGUCUGCCAUAUGUUGUGUACAAUUUAAUAUGUAUAGCAAGGUAGG